AUGGUAUUGAAGUUUUCAGAAUAUUCUACUAAUUCAUCUAAUAAAACAUUACUAGUAGAUGAUCUUGAUUUACCUGCUGUUGUAGAUAUUUUUUCACAAUAUGAAGAACUUGAAGCUAAUGAUGAUAUUAAUAAAGAAGUUCAAUGUGAUUUACUUAAUGAGGAUAAUGUUCUUCGUCACAUUGAUCCAACAAGAUUAUCAUACAAUGAAAGAUUAUCCUGGCAUUUAAAUGAAUUUUGUAAUAAAACAUCUAGUCAUGGUAUUCCAAUGUUAUCAAUGGCACCAAAUUAUUACUACAAAAUUACAUGGAUUGUUUUAUUGAUUUGUUGUCUUUGUAUGUUUAUUUAUCAUGCUAUAGAUGUUGUGGCAAAAUAUCAAAAAAAUGCUAAAAUUACUGAUAUUCAGUUACAAUUUGAUACAGCACCAUUUCCAGCAAUAACAAUUUGUAAUUUAAAUCCAUACAAAGAUAGUACAAUAAGAGAUGUUGAUGCUAUAAAAAAAAUUUUAAGAAUAUAUAGUGAUGUAAUGAUAAAAGCAGGAGAAAAAAAUAGAUUAGAAGAAGCAAUAAGAUUAGAAACAAAAUUAACACCAAAAUUAGAAAGAAAAAAACGUGAUGAAGAUAUUGAAUUUGAAAUUACAUAUUCUGAUUGUAUAUGUACAGUAUCUCCAGAUGAUGGUAAAAAAGAAGAAUGUACAGAAAAUUCUAGAAAUACACCAGAUUUUACAAAAGAUUAUUGUAUGUGUGCAUUUGAUAGAGCUUCAGGUGAUGCAUGGCCAUGUCAUAAGAAAGAAUUAUGGAAUAAAUAUGAAUGUGCUACAUGUGAUAAACAAAAAGUUUGUAAACUUAAUAGUCCAGAUGGAUCACCAAGUUUAAAAAUUCCAUGUUAUUGUUACACAGGUGAAGAAUCUUUUUGCGUUGAAUAUAAACCAUCAGAAGAAAUUUUAAAAUUAUGGGAAUAUUAUGGUACAAAAGUUAAAGAUGAAAGUGAUAUGUUAGAAGCAUUAGGUUUUACAGAUAUGAGUGAUGAAGUUGCAAUUGUAACAAAAGCUAAAGAAAAUAUUAUAUUUGCUAUGAGUGAAUUAAGUGAAGCUGUUAGAAGAUCAUUAUCAAUUCAAAAACAUCAAUUAAUACAAAAAUGUUCUUUUAAUGGUGCUGCAUGUGAUAUUGAUAAUGAUUUCAAAAUUGUUACAGAUCCUACAUUUGGUAAUUGUUUUACUUUUAAUCAUAAUAAAAGUGAUAUUAAAUCAAGUAUAAGAGCAGGACCAACAUAUGGAUUAAGAAUGCUUGUUUAUGUUAAUGCAUCAGAUUACCUUCCAACAACUGAAGCAGUUGGUGUAAGAGUUACAAUUCAUGAUAAAGAUGAAUAUCCUUUUCCUGAUACUUUUGGAUAUAAUGCUCCAACAGGAUAUAUAAGUUCAUUUGGUAUGAAAUUACAAAAAAUGAAUAGACUACCAAGUCCAUUUGGAAAUUGUAUUCCAAGAGGAGCUAAUUUGACUUAUAUUUACAAAGAUUAUCGUUACUCUACAGAAGGAUGUUAUAGAACUUGUUUUCAAAGUAUGGUUGAACAGGAUUGUGGUUGUGGUGAUCCACGAUUUCCUGUAUUAAAUGGUACACAUUGUCAGGCAUUUAAUCCAAAAUCAAGAAAAUGUUUAGAACAAAAAACAAAUCAAUUAGGUGAUAUUCAUGGUACAUUUAAAUGUAGUGAUUGUCAUCAACCAUGUGAACAAUCUGUCUAUACAGUUUCAUACUCAGCAGCCAUAUGGCCAAGUGAAUCAUUAAAUAUUACUUUAGGUUCAUGUGCUGAUAAACCAGAAAAAUGUAAUGAAUAUUAUAAAGAAAAUGGAGCAAUGAUAGAAAUGUUUUAUGAAGCAUUAAAUUUUGAAGUGUUUACAGAAUCGGAAGCAUAUGGUAUUGUUAAAAUGAUGGCAGAUUUUGGAGGACAGCUGGGUUUAUGGUCCGGAUUUUAG